UAUCGCCUAGCUUUGUUUUUGUGUGUCAUUGUAAAUUUUCUUUUCAUAAAUACACGAAACUAUUCGAAAAUAAACUCUUGGAAAAUAGAAAACCACCGCCAUGAGUGAAGUACAGACCCUGAUGGAUAUGGGUUUCCCCCGAGAUCGUGUGGAAUAUGCGCUGCAGGUGACCAGCAAUAAGCUAGAACCGGCAAUGGAAUGGCUGCUGGCCCACGUGGAUGAUCCGUUACCGACCCGUCAGAAUGCCGGGGAUCCCCCUGGUUCCGGUGCUCCCCCCGCCGCCGGAGAGGAUUCCUCCUCCUCCGGCGCAGCAGCUUCCAGUAGCACCAGUGGUGCCGGUGGUGAAGCCACUGCCGAUUCCCAGGUGGCCAAGUCCCUGAAAUGCGACGAUUGUGGAAAGGUUCUCAAGGAUCACACAGAAGUGGAGUACCAUGCAGCCAAAACCGGACACAGCAACUUCUCUGAAUCCACGGAGGAGAAGAAGGCCCUCACCGAGGAGGAGAAGAAGGCCCAGCUGGCCCUCAUCGAGGAGAAGCUCAAGCAGAAGCGCAUCGAACGCGAGGAGCGCGAGAAAACCGAAGCUCUGCAGCGGGAGAAGAAUCGCAUUAAAUCCGGCAAGGACAUGACCGAGGCUAAGCGGCGCAUGGAGGAGCUCGAGAUGAAGAAGAUCGUAGAGCAGCGCAAGCGCGAAAAGGACGAGGAGAAGGCGGCCCGGGAUCGGGUGAGGGCUCAAAUCGAGGCGGACAAGGCGGCACGCAAAGCUAGAGAACAAAAGGAACUGGGCAAUCCGGAGCCAACUCCAUCCGUGAGUUCCACCACAGUCUCGUCGCCGCCGCCGGCAGGUGUGAAGUCGCCGCCGCGUGACUACACCGAAACCCGCAUCCAGGUGCGCCUGCAGGACGGCUCCACGCUCCAGGAGACCUUCAACGUCAAGGAGCAGCUGUCCGCCGUGCGUGUGUUCAUCCAGAUGAAGACCGGCAUCGAGUCGCCCUUCUCCCUGAUGACCACCUUUCCGCGCAAACUGUUCGCCGAAGACGAUUACGAGAAGCCGCUGGAGGUGCUCGGCCUGGUUCCAUCUGCCGUCAUCACCAUGACCAAGACGGCCGCAUAAAUCUGUCCUCUUUCAAACUGGGAAAUCGGGGGAAAUGGAUGGGAAUCUCUCCCACAACAAAACGAAAUGUCUAGAAACUAAAACUAACGAAACGCGGCGCGAUAUUCCCCCAAAAAACAUUUAAUGUACGGUUUUAUAUAUGUAUUAAACAAGAAAAACUAAACUAAUCAUUUUUAAAGAGUCUUUCAAGAGGGAUAAAGCUUAAACAAUUUAUAGAUUUUACAUUAUAUUUAAACGGCUUUCGAAUAAACUGAUUUUACAGCAUUAAAGCUGACAUAAAAAUGAUAUAUUAAUAUCAUA